GUGAGGACCAUCAACAUGUGUGGCCGAUAUGCGCUGUCCUUACGGCCUUCACAAGUGCGCUCUCGUCUUGUGGGCCAGAACAUGGCUGUAGAUGAAGCCCCCGACGACGAUGCCGAGCCUUUGAGACAAUCAUACAAUUUCGCGCCCGGCUACCACGGCUUGAUCUACCGGGCUCAUACUGCAGGCCGCAAUAGCAAUGGCAAUGGCAAUGGCAAUGACAAUGGCAAUGGCAAUGUCAAUGGCAAUAGCAAUGGCAAUGGCAAUGUCAAUGGCAAUAGCAAUGGGAAUAGCUGUGAAGACGGAGAACGGGAGCACGAGGAUGCCGAAUUCUCUCCCACUGUUUCUAAGCGGUCUCAUCCCAUUGGUGAAAGUGUCGUCACUAAGGAGACCAAGUACAAGCUGCAGGUGGCGAAAUGGGGCCUUGUGCCUUUUUGGACGAAACGACAACCCGACUACGGCAGUCAGAUGAGGACCAUCAAUUGCAGGGAUGAUAGCUUGAUCGAGGACCGGGGAAUGUGGAACACGAUGAAGCAGAGAAAACGCUGCAUCGUAGUGGCUGAAGGUUUCUACGAAUGGCUCAAGAAGAACAAUGGCAAGGAGAAGAUACCGCAUUUCACAAAGCGUGCAGAUGGUCAGCUAAUGUGUUUCGCUGGCUUGUGGGACAUGGUGCAAUAUGAAGGCAGCGAGGACAUGCUGUAUACGUUCACCAUCAUCACCACAGACUCGAACAAACAGCUCAAGUUUCUGCACGACCGUAUGCCAGUAAUCUUGGAAGCCGGCAGUGACGAGAUGAAGACGUGGUUGGAUCCAAAUCUCGUUGGAUGGAACAGAGAUCUGCAGAGUAUGCUAAAGCCAUACCAAGGCGAGCUUGAAUGCUAUCCUGUUGACAAGGCUGUCGGCAAGGUUGGCAACAAUAGCCCGCAAUUCCUCAUUCCUGUGAACAGUACAGAGAACAAGAGCAAUAUCGCCAACUUUUUUGGACAGCAGAGAGCGACUGCCAAGGAAGUGGCGGCUAAGAAUGAAGCUGCUCGGUGUGAUCAAAAGGCAGAAGUUGCUAAGCAUGGAGAUGAGAACCGUGUAACCACGUCAAAUGUGGAGAGCACAGAAGACAACGCACCAUUACCGAAACCUCAGGACGAAGUUGAAGAGGACUUGUCGCAGAAAGUGCGAGCUGGGAGAGCGGAAGUUGAUGAUGCGGGCCAGAUCGAAGCGGCUGAUGAAUAUGUUGAUAAGGGGAUCAAACGUGAGAUAUCUGAGGUCGAUUGUGCAGCAUCAAUAAUGGCUGCUGAGAGCCCUGUCAAGAAGGCCGUCAAGAUCGAGCAUCCAACGCCUUCUUCGCUCAAAAGCCCUCCAAGCAGAAGCGAAAGAAGGUCAACAAGAAGUGCUACCUCAAACAACACCAUCCUGAAGACACCUGAUAAAGGUGCCAAUGCUAAAAUAACCAGCUUCUUCAGUGGCAAGUGAGACCGCAAGGCUAGCCGGCGGUUGCAAUUCCACCUCUGCGUUACUGCGCACAUCCACGCACAUCCAUGGAUUGCUGGUGUCUCAACUCGGCUUUGCCGCUUUUGAGGUUGCGCAAUUGCAGCAUUUCAAAUAUGUGGAUUGUGGCACGGGGGAUUUUGGGUUCAUGCAUAUCACGUGGCGGCCUCGUGGUCCCGGCCCGUCGGCUUGUUUCUCGCUUGUGGAGAGGAUGAUACAUUCGUUCGACGGCCGUUCCAAUGACACGAGUUCCCCGUGCCAAUGACACGAAUUCCGUGUUCGCUACAACCACACCUCGCAGCUGGUUUCAUCCUUCCCAAGGUACCUAAGUACCUCCAUGCAUUAUCAAUCGGCUGUCGACCAGAGGUGGACAAUAUAUCAGAGACUGGCGCCAGUCCUUGCUAUCAGAUCUCCCCAACGUCUUUCACAACGAAGCUGGUCGCUUAGUUUGUCGGCAGCGCCACUUGCUGUCGGCUAGCUUGACACGAUGUGUUGCGGCUAUGAACCAGGUAACGCCCCUCCUUGCCGAGUACACAACUCACCAAUUUUCACCGUGGAAGACGUUACGUGCGACGCAAUGGUGAAUGAGAAGAGUAGGAAAUCCAUUGAUAUGUGGGACCCUAGCGACUUCGGAGCUCCGCCCCGGAUAUCCUCCGGCCUCAAUGUUACAGAUCCACCUGGUCCACAUCCUGUAUAUUCGUUUCAUCUAGAAAACGGGUUACUGCAUAGGCACGGUGCAUCCGAGACAUUCUUCGCUGUGCUUAUGGAGGGCUCCAUUUCUGCCAUCAAUCACGGUCUCCUUUCUCAAGGCAGACAAGUCGCCCCCACUGCGACUCUAUGACCUAACCAUCGAACACGACCUUACGCGUUCUCUCUUGCUUCGUAUUGCAUAUUAGGGCCACUAUGGACGCAACGCUUGCUGGAUAUUGGGCAUAGUAGCUUAUAGCGCUUCGGAGACCCUCCGACGUGACAAUGAAUAUAUUACAAGCUCGCUCAGUAUAUAAAGCCAAGUCUAUCAAGCAUUCGCCGACCCAUCUUCACUCCUUCUCACAGUCCAGAGUCCAUUGGGGCCAAUCCAGUUAGUUCGUUCCUUCUGCAUCAUUGCAAAUCCACUCCUUUAUUGCCCUCUUCACAGACCCCGGCGGUUUUCAUACAUCCAAGAUGAUCUAUCAAAGGACCCUUAUUGCCCUGGCGGUUGGAGCUGGUCUUGCUGCUGCUCGGCCGGCGCCUUGGUCCGCCCAAGAUUCCAGUCUGGAUCAUUUCACCGAUCGAUUCUCCUCCCCUACCUUCCCUGCACCAGUGGCCGGUGGAACAAUUGUGAAGAAGUCUUCAAGCAAAUCUGCCUCCACAAAGAAGCCGACCGGCUAUACUGCCAAGGACACCGGAAAUGGCACUGCCGGUAGUGAAUGCACCUUUACCGAUAUUGAGAAAGCUAUGGCUUCCAAGGCUUCAUGCCCGAAUAUCGUCCUCAAGGACAUUACUGUUCCAGCCGGGAAGACUCUGGACAUGGAGGACCUGGCCGAUGGCACAACCGUUACUUUCGAGGGUAACACGACUUUUGAGUAUUCUGAGUGGGCGGGUCCCUUGCUCAGCUUCUCUGGCAAGAACAUUACCAUUACCGGCGCGUCUGGCCACGUUAUCGAUGGUAACGGCAAAGCCUGGUGGGAUGGUCAAGGCAGCAACGGCGGGAAGACCAAGCCAAAAUUCUUUGCUGCCCACAAGCUCAUCGACUCCACCAUCUCCGGCCUCAACAUUCAAAACUACCCCGUACAAUGCUUCUCGAUCAACCAAGCGCAGAACCUCAUCGUCAAGGACAUCACCAUUGACAACUCUGCUGGAGACGAGCUCGGCUCCGAUGGAAAGCCCCUUGGUCACAACUCCGAUGCCUUUGAUGUUGGGUCUUCAACCGGUGUACACAUCUCCGGUGCGAAUGUCAAGAACCAAGAUGAUUGCCUUGCUGUCAACUCUGGAAGUGACAUCAGCUUCACUGACUGUAACUGCUCUGGCGGCCAUGGUAUCUCGAUGGGCUCUGUCGGUGGACGCACCAACAAUGAAGUGUCCAACGUCAACAUUGCCAACUGCACCGUCUCUGACUCUGCCAACGGGAUUCGCAUCAAGACUGUGUACGACGCCGAAGGAUCUGUCAAGAACAUCACCUAUUCCAAUAUCAAACUCUCCAACAUUACCGACUAUGGCAUUGUCAUUGAACAGGAUUACCAGAACGGCUCGCCCACAGGAACCCCAACGAGUGGCGUCCCGAUCACGGACAUUACCGUGGAGAAUGUCUCUGGAACAGUGGCAGAUGACGCGGAAGAGAUUUACAUUCUCUGCGCUUCGUGCAGCAACUGGAAAUGGAGUGGCGUUAGCAUCACUGGUGGCCAAAAGAGCUCCAAGUGCAAGGGCGUGCCUGAUGGCGCAUCGUGCUAAAUUACGAACAAGAACUGGCGCAAAUAGAAUGGAGAGGGAGAGAGAGAAAAAAGAGAGUCUGCGACUCAUUAUACAUAACAGC